AUGUUGAAAAGUCCAUGGGCAGCACUAUCUCCUAGCAUCAAAAAUGUCAUCAAUGAAGCGAGAUUUGGCACCUUCUUCGAAGCUUCGUCGAAUCAUGAGACACAUGAGUACAAGGAUCUUCAAUUACUUCUUGUCUUAGCAGAGCGCUUCUGGGACACUACUUGUUCCUUCCGUUUUCCAAACAUUGGGGAGGUUUGGAUGUAUAAGUAUUUUGGAGUUGGUCCUAAAAUUCAGGAAGAAGUUGCUGGCAUUUUUCCUAGAUUUCUCCGUUUGUUGCCCAAACAUUGCUUAUCUCCACCCUCUAGGCAUUCUUUGGAGAUUUGGCGCUUGGUGAUUGACAAUUUGAAAAUUGAUGAUAUGAAAUUAAAUCCUUGGGAUGGAUGUGAAGGGUAUACUGAGUGUGAGCGGACUUUAGAACUAAAUAGCCGCCAAGUAUUGUUUGAAUGUGGGCAUGGAAAGUAUUGA